AGAGCCCCCCUCCCCUCCCCGUUCUCUCCAUCCGCGCAUAGCAGCCCGCGCGGAUGCUGCGUCCGAGGUCCUCAGCGCGCGACUCAGCGAGGGGGUCCUCAUCACAUCGCAUAUAAAUCCAAAAUAUCGCAUCACCCAGUUAUACAGCCUGUUUUUCUUUAAGAUUUUGAAAGUCCAGCCGUUGUUUUGUUUUUAUUUCAACAGUCUAUAAACAACCCCGUAAUUUUCACGUGCUUAUUUAUUGGGACAGUCACCUUUAUACGAUGUCUCCAUCUCUUAUUUUUUUCCUCUGCAGAAGCCCAGUCUAACCAGGCAACAACUGCACUAUUUUAGGAUCAGAAAUUCCACCAACAUUACAAAAGCUACAUAAUAUCGCGAUUAUAAGGUGCCACAGUGUAACGACUAGUGCUGUGCUUUCGGCAGAUGUCGAUAUUUUUUAUUUCCAUUUCUAAAGAGAAGAUUACUGGAUUUUCCAUUUUCCUGCAUCCCUCGCUGAUGUCCUUGGAGCAUGGCCUGGUUAUUUUGCCAGUGCCAUAAGACCACGCACUCUCAUCCCUGAUCGGUGACCUCUUGACCUCUCCCAAGAGCCAAAUUCUCCGGCCCGGGACCCAGAUUGAUCGUCAGUUGUCCCUCUCCUCUCCCCCUCUAAUCCCCCCCCCCCCCCGUUUGGUUCCUGAUGGAUUGGGUGAGCGCUGAUCCCUCGUACUGUUGACCCUCUGGGGAUGGGGGUAGACUGGAGCAAGCUGGAGUCUUCUGUUUAGAGAAUAAGAAAAGAGGAGAAAAAUAAAACGGGUGAAGCUAGCCGUCCUGUCCUCGCUAGUCCUCCUCUUAUGGAGAGUUAGAGGGCUCUGAGGGAGGGAGAGGAGUGGGGGGUGGGAGAAAAGCGAAAAAGGAGUGUAGAUUUAUUCCAAAGAUCCCCCCUGUUAUUAAUAUCAGACUCAUUCUUCUAGCUUUUUCAAAGGCCCUUAAAACUGCCCUGAAAACAAACAGGGAUAAAUUACCCUCGUAGUGAGCCAAGGGAACACCCUCCAAAUCUGAAACGGAGAAAAUGUCGACGACAGCAACCAUGGGCGACAUGGCCAACAGUACGGUGGAGUUUUACCCCAAGCGGGCCGGGGGUGCGGAGGCCAACAACCACACAGGGGACUUCGGGGUGACGCUGACUGAGCUCCGUGAUCUGAUGGAGAUGAGGGGGCCAGAGGCGCUGCAGAAGAUUCAGGAGAGCUACGACGACACGGAAGGCCUCUGCCAACGACUCAAGUCCUCCUGCAAUGAGGGCCUAUCGGGGAACCCGGAAGACUUGGAGAAGCGCAGGCAGACGUUCGGCCAGAACUUCAUACCCCCAAAGAAGGCCAAGACCUUCCUGGAGCUGGUGUGGGAGGCACUGCAGGAUGUCACCCUCAUCAUCCUGGAGAUCGCCGCCAUCAUCUCCCUGGCCCUGUCCUUCUACCAGCCACCAGGGGAGGAUUUGGAAAUGUGCGGGAACGUGGCGGGGGGUGCGGAGGACGAGGGCGAGGCAGAGGCGGGCUGGAUCGAGGGCGCGGCCAUCUUGCUGUCGGUCAUCUGCGUGGUGCUGGUGACUGCCUUCAACGACUGGAGCAAGGAGAAGCAGUUCCGCGGGCUGCAGAGCCGCAUCGAGCAGGAGCAGCGCUUCGCCGUGGUGCGCAACAGCAACGUCAUCCAGAUCCCCGUGGCCGAGUUGGUAGUGGGGGAUGUGGCCCAGGUUAAAUACGGUGACCUCCUGCCAGCUGAUGGUAUCCUGAUUCAAGGCAACGACCUGAAGAUUGAUGAGAGCUCCCUAACGGGGGAGUCUGAUCAUGUCACCAAGUCUGCCGAUAAGGACCCUAUGCUCCUCUCCGGCACCCAUGUGAUGGAGGGCUCGGGGAGGAUGCUGGUGACGGCUGUGGGAGAGAACUCUCAGACGGGGAUCAUCUUCACUCUGCUUGGAGCCGGAGAAGGAGAGGAGGAGAAGAAAGAGAAGAAAGACGACAGUAGUGUCAUGCCCCCACAGUCUGCAGAUGCAGUCAAAAAGAGCGGCAUCACCAACGAUGCCGCAGCGGAGGCCAAUCAGAAUAAAGCUAAGAAGCAGGAUGGAGCCGUUGCCAUGGAGAUGCAGCCUCUGAAAAGCGCGGAAGGUGGCGAGGUGGAGGAGAGCGCGAAGAAGAAAUCCAACGUGCCCAAGAAGGAGAAGUCCGUCCUUCAGGGCAAGCUCACAAAGCUGGCAGUGCAGAUAGGCAAAGCAGGCCUGGUGAUGUCGGCCAUUACGGUAAUCAUCCUUGUUGUGUACUUUGUGAUCGAGACGUUUGUGGUCCAAGGCCGGACGUGGAUGGCGGAGUGCACGCCAGUCUAUGUUCAGUACUUUGUGAAGUUCUUCAUCAUCGGAGUGACUGUGCUGGUGGUAGCUGUGCCAGAGGGCCUGCCCCUGGCUGUGACCAUCUCCCUCGCUUACUCUGUGAAGAAAAUGAUGAAGGACAACAACCUGGUGCGUCACCUGGAUGCCUGCGAGACCAUGGGCAAUGCUACGGCCAUCUGCUCCGACAAGACGGGCACGCUGACCACCAACCGCAUGACCGUGGUGCAGGCUUAUAUUGGCGACCAGCAUUACCGGGAGGUGCCGGACCCCGGCCAAAUCAACUCCAGCGCCCUGGAGACCCUUGUCAGUGCCAUUGCCAUCAACAGUGCCUACACCUCCAAGAUCAUGCCGCCUGAUGUAGAGGGUGGCCUGGCCAAGCAGGUGGGCAACAAGACUGAGUGUGGCCUUCUGGGCUUUGUGCUGGACCUGAAGAGGGACUACACGCCGGUGAGGGAGCAGAUCCCGGAGGAGAAGCUCUACAAGGUCUACACCUUCAACUCCGUCCGUAAGUCCAUGAGCACCAUCAUCCAGCUGCCCGAUCGAUCCUUCCGGCUCUACAGCAAAGGAGCGUCGGAGAUCGUGCUCAAGAAGUGCUCCUCUAUUGUGGGAGCCAACGGGGAGGCGCGUGGCUUCCGGCCGCGGGACCGCGAGGAGAUGGUGAAGAAGGUGAUUGAGCCCAUGGCCUGCGAGGGCCUCAGGACCAUCUGCAUCGCAUACCGGGACUUCCCUGCUGACCCUGAGCCCGACUGGGAUCAGGAGGCCGACAUCGUCACCGAUCUCACCUGCAUCUCCGUGGUGGGGAUCGAGGAUCCUGUUCGACCUGAGGUUCCCGAUGCGAUCGUGAAGUGCCAGCGAGCGGGCAUCACUGUGCGCAUGGUGACAGGCGACAACAUUAACACGGCCCGUGCCAUCGCAGCCAAGUGCGGCAUCCUCCAGCCCGGCGAGGACUUCCUGUGUAUGGAUGGCAAGGAAUUCAACCGGCGAAUCAGGAACGAGAAAGGAGAGAUUGAGCAGGAAAGGAUUGACAAGAUCUGGCCCAAGCUGAGGGUUCUGGCUCGUUCUUCCCCUACUGACAAACACACUCUAGUCAAAGGCAUCAUUGACAGCACGGUUCUGGAGCAGAGGCAAGUGGUGGCUGUAACGGGAGAUGGGACCAACGACGGGCCCGCCCUUAAGAAAGCAGAUGUGGGCUUUGCCAUGGGCAUCGCUGGCACGGAUGUGGCCAAGGAGGCUUCUGACAUCAUCCUGACAGACGACAAUUUCAGCAGCAUCGUGAAAGCUGUCAUGUGGGGGAGAAACGUAUACGACAGCAUCUCCAAGUUCCUGCAGUUCCAGCUGACUGUCAAUGUGGUGGCUGUCAUAGUGGCUUUUACUGGGGCCUGCAUCACACAGGACUCUCCUCUGAAGGCAGUGCAGAUGCUGUGGGUGAACCUGAUCAUGGACACCUUCGCCUCCCUGGCCCUGGCCACCGAGCCCCCCACCGAGGCGCUGCUGCUGAGGAAGCCCUACGGCCGAAACAACCCCCUCAUCUCCCUCACCAUGAUGAAGAACAUCCUGGGCCACGGCAUCUACCAGCUCGUCAUCAUCUUCACACUGCUCUUCGUUGGAGAGAAGAUCUUCAACAUCGACUGCGGCCGCAACGCUCCUCUCCACUCCCCUCCCUCCGAGCACUACACCAUCAUCUUCAACAUCUUCGUCCUGAUGCAGCUCUUCAACGAGAUCAAUGCCCGCAAGAUCCACGGCGAGAGGAACGUGUUUGACGGCAUCUUCAGUAACCCCAUCUUCUGCAGCAUCGUGCUGGGAACCUUUGUUGUUCAGGUUGUGAUUAUCCAGUUUGGAGGGAAGCCGUUCAGCUGCACGCCCCUAAAUGUGGAGCAGUGGCUGUGGUGUCUCUUCGUGGGUGUAGGGGAACUGCUCUGGGGACAGCUGAUUGCCACCGUGCCAACCAACCAGCUGAAGUGUCUGAAGUCGGCAGGGCACGGGCACAGCACGGAUGAGAUGACGGAGGACGAGUUGGCCGACGACGAGGAGGAGAUCGACCAUGCCGAGAGGGAGCUGAGGAGAGGCCAGAUCCUCUGGUUCAGAGGUCUCAACCGUAUCCAGACUCAGAUGCGGGUGGUGAAAGCGUUCCGUAGCUCCACGUAUAAUGGCAUGGAGAAACCCGAAACCAGGAACUCCAUCCACAACUUCAUGGCCCACCCCGAGUUUCUCAUCAAUGACUUCAUCCACAACAUCCCACUGAUUGACGACACUGACCUCGAGGAGACCGAGUCCGAACUCUCCAAGCACAACCACUACCAACAGUACACCAACGUCCACCCGGCCCUGCGCAAGCCUCCGCCGCCGCCAGCCCAGCCCCAACCCCCGGAGCGCUCCCGACCCCGACCCUACCGCCAGUACAGCCUGCCCGUCACCCCCAACCGCAACAACAACGCCAUCGAGCCCGGGCGGGGCGCCCCCGCACCCCCGACAGAACCCCCCACCCAUCACUGGACCUCCACGACCCAACAGCAGGGCUGCCCCCUCCUCAGUCUGGAGACUACACUAUGACUGCCACCCCUCUCCACUGGGUGACUCACCUGAAAAAAAAAUAAGUAUUUAAAAACUAAAAAAAAAAGACUUCUGAGGACCAGAGGUGUGUUGAGGAGACAGACCGGAGGAGAGGAGGCGCAGGUGGAGGAGAGGGUAAGGGUCCAUUGGAUACGGAUGGGAUCGGAGUCGGGUCGGUGCUUCUCUCCCACCCACAAAUCUAUCCAUCCAUCCUGCCUACACACCCACCCACUCAUAGUAACAGUGGAUCCAAUCGACCAACAAGUCUUUGCUGCCAUCCUGCCACAGUCCCCUCUGCAGUCAUGUGCACCCUGUCCGUGUGGACCCACGCCUCCUCUCCUCUCCAUGGACAGCCCUCCUCUCGUCUCGUGGCGCUGGUUCUGGCCUGCGGGGCCUCUUGGAGGACUGAAGAGGGUGUGUGGACCGCAGCCCUGUGAAGGAGGGUUUCAGUAGAACUGGACAAAAGGAGUUGCUAAACUAUGACCUCCCAGGACAACAAAAACAACAACAGGCUCCAAGGAGGCAAAACAAGGAGGCAAAACAAGGAGGGGAAGGGAGGGGGGGGUCUAUUCAUUCCACCUUUUACCGACCGAUGUUAGUAGUGUUAUAUUUAUUAUCACUUUCAAUACCUUUUAAGCAUCUUCAUCAUUAAGACUCGAUUAUUUAUUUAUUUAUUUUAUUUAUUUUUGUUUGUUCUGUUUUGAAAUAGUAAAUUUCUGAUGCUUUAUGGAUUAGCUUUAAUAUUGAUUUAUUUGUUUGUUCAUUUCAUAAGUUGUUUGCUCAACUUCUUUUUUUAUUUCCUUCAUCACUUUGUCUAUCUUCUCUCUCUAUGUGUGUGUAUGUGUCGUGUCUGUCCUGAAAACAGAAAAAAAUAUAUAACAAAAAUACUAACAAAACAAUGAUACAAUACAUUGAAAAUCCUAAUCGUUAAUAAAUUAUAAUGCGUCUGCGAAGAAAAAAUAAAAGAAGAAAUAAUGAACAAAAAAA